GAAUAACAGAUCAAGCAGGAGAAGCCUGUGUAACGUCCUAAAGCCUCGAUGUUGUGGUAUCAGAUCCAUGAGUAUCAGGAUGCAGAUUACUCUGCUGUGAGGACAAUAUACUCCACUGGGUUCAGAGAGCAUGUUGGAACUGUGUAUCUUCUGGCCUUGAAGCAACCAUGGAUUCAAGCUAUGCUGUGUAGAUUCUGUCUUCUCACUUAUAUCCUCUCCGGCUCGAUCCUGACCUGUAUUUUGUGUGUCGGAGGGGUUAUGCUGGCUAUUCGGAUGGCAGUGCAGUAUGUUUUUGAGCAGGGUAUUCAGCUUGGGCUCAGAGAGGAUCUGCUGGACAUCAGGAACUCCUACAUGCAGCCUGAAAGCAGAAGCUGCUUUUGGGUCGCAGAAAUGAAAGGGUCUAUUGUCGGGACGGUGGGCAUUUUGCCCUGUGUGGAGGAGCCAGGUGCUUGGGAACUGAAAAGGAUCUCUGUGAAAAGGGGUCAUGGCCUUGCGAAAGCUCUUUGUAAAACUGCUUUGGAAUUUGUUGCCAGACAUAAUGUGAAGAGAGUGGUGCUUUUCACCUCUAUGGUCCAAACUGAUGCUCAUAAGCUUUAUGACAGCAUCGGGUUUGAAAAGGAGGAGGAGUUUGUGUGGCCAUCACUUCCUGCCAGGCUGAUUAAUUUCAUGGUGUUUAAAUAUGCACACAGAAACAGUGGUGUCAUGUCAUGCUAAGUGUGUUAAUUUCUGUCAAGAUCCCUA